AUUGCACAUGUGAUCAUGACCAAAUAAUUUAUCAAGAUUGUUUAUGUCAACUUGGUUUCCGAUUUCUACCCUUCAAAUGGAAGACUUCAUUUUUCAAAUGCUGAUCAUUUCUCAUCAUCCCCUGACAGGAAUCCAGUUGAGAAACCUCAUUUGUUCUCUGCCUCCAAGACCUUCUUCAAGCAAAAUGGAGAGAUGGGUUUGGGCAUAUUUUCUCUUCAUUGCAGCUCUAAUGGCUGCUUCUUGUAUACCAUCCGAAUCAGCUAUCUCUAAAGGGUCUUUUGAAGACAAUUUCAGUAUUAUGUGGUCAGAGGAGCAUUUCAAAACUUCUGAAGAUGGUCAGAUCUGGUACCUCUCAUUGGACAAGGAAACAGGUUGUGGGUUUCAAACAAAGCAGAGAUACAGAUUUGGAUGGUUUAGCAUGAAGCUGAAACUGGUUGGAGGUGAUUCAGCUGGUGUAGUCACAGCUUAUUAUAUGUGCACAGAGAAUGGGGCAGGACCAACAAGGGAUGAAUUGGAUUUUGAGUUCUUGGGGAAUAGAACUGGACAGCCCUAUUUGAUACAAACAAAUGUAUACAAAAAUGGGACUGGUGGACGUGAGAUGAGGCACAUGCUUUGGUUCGAUCCUACCGAGGAUUUUCACACCUAUUCCAUCCUCUGGAAUAAUCACCAAAUUGUGUUUUUUGUAGAUAGAGUUCCCAUAAGAGUGCACAAGAACAAUGGAGAGGAGAACAAUUUCUUCCCCAACGAGAAGCCCAUGUACCUAUUCUCCAGCAUUUGGAAUGCAGAUGAUUGGGCUACAAGAGGUGGGUUAGAGAAAACAGACUGGAAAAAGGCACCAUUUGUGUCCUCCUACAAGGACUUCAGUGUGGAUGGUUGCCAAUGGGAAGACCCAUACCCUGCUUGCGUAUCAACCACCACCAAGAACUGGUGGGAUCAAUAUCAAGCUUGGCACCUUUCAGAUUCUCAGAAAAUGGACUAUGCUUGGGUCCAGAGAAACCUUGUCAUCUAUGAUUAUUGCAAAGACACUGAGAGAUACCCAACACUGCCAGUUGAGUGCUCUUUGAGCCCAUGGGAUUGAAAUUGACAACCAUGUGAUAGAUCUUCAAUUUUUCCUUUUCUUUUAUUAUUUUUAUUCUUUUUAUUUAUAUAUUUUGAGAUGAGUUUAAAUUGUGUA